CUCGUUUGAAUGGUUUCUUCUGUGCCCUUCCCCGUCACCUCUCUCCCGGUUUGCUCUCCACGGCAUUUCCCUAAUAGUCGCGCUUGCCUCGAUUCGCAUUUCUGUGAGGUAUGGUGUUGAUUGUUGGAAUAGACGAGUGAGAGAGAGAGAGAGCGAGAGAGCGAGAGAAGUUUUGGGGCCGACUCUGAGGAUGUGCUUCGUGGGAUGUCGGUUACCUUUUGCGGUUCUGGUGUUCGUUGAGGUGUUGGUUGCUUUGGAAGGUAUGGUGGUGGCCGUGUUGUUCGGUGAUUGAUUUGGAGGUUAGUGGUGAAGGGAGAGAGAGGAAUGGUGUCGGUUUUGUAGCUUCAUUGAGAAGUGAUCGAAUGGGUUUGUCUGUGUAGGUGUCAGCGGUCUAGUUCUGCUGGAAUAGAAUUUGAGAAGUAGAACUCGGGUUGACGCGUUUGUGUUCUUCUCGAGGUAUUUGUGGUUUUUGGAAUUCGAAAUUCAGCAGUGGUAGUGCUUUUUCAUCGUAAUUGGUGGACUUUGAUUUCGACGGGCUCAAUUGACUGUUGAUUUCUCUUGUUUACGGUGUUAGGCACCUCUUGAGUGAGUUUAAUAUUACGGUUUUUCCGAGAGAUUAUUUAUUCAAGCUGAGGAUUGGUGCCAACGUAAUUUUCUCGUUGGAUUUGAAGAUGCGUGUUUAAGGGAAUCGUUCAUGGAAAUUUCGAGCUUCAGGAUUCAAAGCAUGAGCGUAUGAAGAUUUUGUCCAACAGUUUGUUGAAAUUCAAAAAUGAGGGACUUGGAGAUUGAAAAAGCUUUGAACGUAGAGAAAGCUUUGCUGGAACUGGUGAAGUCGAGGCAAGAAAAGGUGAAAAGGCUGCAGCGGGAGUUGGAAGUGCUACGGGCUCACAAAAAAUUCCUUUCUGAGAGCUUAUCCGUUCCCACAUUUCCUAGGGGUUAUGAUCCCGUCACCGGAUGCAUUGAGGGUGCUGCUGUGGUACCGGAAUGCUUAAUCGGUGAUGAUGCCACGGAAGCCGGCCAUGUGAACGAUAUGAGUUCAGCAAGGGUUUCGAAGCAUCGCAAGUUGCCAGCAUCAACAGGUAGGAAUGAAGUUGAGUCAGCAGAUGAAGCAGAGAAGUCGGAAGAAGUCCUGGAGAUUCAGACUAGAAACUCAAUCCCUACUGAGACCUUGUCAUCUUCAACGUCUGAUUCCAGUUUGAAUACGUCUAGAAACGCUGUGGACUGGAGUCGUGAUGAUGGUGUUGACCUUUUAAAAGAUAAGGUUCGCAGGGAGAGACCAGGAGUGAAAUCCUUUAUGGCAGCACCAGCCAAGCCGAAUGGAAUCUCCGCAUGGAUACCAGAGAAGUCGCAUGAAACUGACAAUAGCAGCGAUGGUGAUAGUGAAUCUUCUGACGAAGAGUCAUCUGGGGAGGAGGACUCUGCGAGCGGGUCUGAAGAAUCUGGUGAUUCUGAUGAUGACUCAAAACCUGGUUCCAAAAAUAAUAUCAGAAAGACCAAGCCUGCAGACUCUAAUCGCGAGGAAGUAGGUACUGGAGAGAUUUUUUCUAGCAGUGUUUUGGAGGGUUCAACCAAACAAAAGCCAAGACCUUUGAGAAAAGAUAAAAAUUGCGUGGAAGAUAAGUCUGUGGGGAUUGCAAAAACUACAUGGAAGCCUAAGAUUAAGUCUUCUUCAAGUAGUUCUGAGAACAGUGAAGAAUCCUCGAGCAGCAGUGACGAUGAUACCGGUAAAAAUAAUCGACAUGCUCAAACCCGAAGAGUAUCGUUAGGACAAGCCAAAGAAUCUAAAGCAUCCAAAGAUGUAUUUAUCACAUCUCUUCCUCCUCAUGCUUCCUCAGAAGACCGUUUCGACUGGAUGGUUUUAGGUCUCCAGGGUCCCUGGCUGCCGCUGUCAUCACACGAAAAAGCUUCUGGAGGUUCUGAGUUGAUUGAUCAGUCAUCAUUACCUUUAAAUUUUCCAUCAACGGCAGUGUAUGUUGCAAUGUAUCAGAAGUUAAUAGUAGAAGAAGCGAAAGCGACACUUCUAAGUGAUUGGGAGCAGUAUCAAGCGGAGAAAGGUUCCAAAACCCAGGCCAUGAUUGAAUCAGCAACUCAGGAUCCCAGGGGGCAAUCCUCAGUUUGGCAGCUGCGCAGCAUGGUUGAGACAAUGGGUGAUCCGUUUCACUAUUUUGAAGCCGAAUGUGUAGAGGGUCCAAGAGUUAAAUUUGAAACUGGAGAGUUCUUGUGCAUGAUUGAACCCAUUUCAAAAAAAGUCAAGGCUGUUGCAAUCGUUAAUCACCAGGAUCGUAAUCAAGCUCCUUUAUUGAGAUCAAGAAUUCCCAGGGACUGUUCUAUUAGCAAGUGUGUCCUCCUACGGUUGUGCAGCAUGGUGACAGUACGCCGCAUGUUUUUGGCGGUUUCCACUGUAUCAGAAGUCUUUAGUCCUUUGCAGCAGCAGAUCAUGGAUCCCCUAUCAAACCUCAAGUUUCUUAAAUCUUCAGCAGCGCUUGAGAGUUCUUUAGGGAAUGAUCCUAAGGGAAAACUGAGUUCGGAAUCCCUUAGGAAUUUCCGCGAUCGCAAGGUUCUGAACACUUUGCAACUGCUGACUAUUUCUAGUCUUCUUCAUAUGUCCCAGGGUUUCCAGCUAGUACAAGGGCCACCUGGUACGGGAAAGACCUCUACUAUUGUUGGAAUGGUGUCAACAUUACUGAUUGAACAACCUGGGGUGAGAAUUUUAGUAUGCGCUCCCUCGAAUGCAGCUCUGGAUGAGGUGGCAGUUCGUCUUACGCAUUGUAUGGUUGAUAAGUUCGGAAAUACUUACAGCCCCAUGGAUGGAACUGUAGUCCGUUUCGGGUCAAAGAAAGUCAUGCACUCUCUCGCCCAGGUGAUAUCGCUGGACAAUUUGGCUCUCCGUCUUUCAUCUAGUUCUCGUUGCUCAAGGUCAUGGGUGGACAUUCUGGAUGGAGCAAGCGUUGUAUGUGCAACUUUGAGUGGUUGCGGAAAUUGUACUUUCGACGAACUUGAAAAAAUGUUUGAUAUUGUCAUUAUAGAUGAAGCAGCUCAGGCGGUUGAAGCAGAGGUUCUCAUUGCACUGAAAAGAGUUCGAGGGAGGUGCGUGUUGGUGGGUGAUCCUAAACAAUUGCCAGCGACUGUUUUUCAGCGACCCAGUACGGCAUACGGGCGCAGUUUGUUUGAACGGUUUCAAGGGGCAGGUGUUCCUGUUCAUAUGCUCACAACUCAGUACCGAAUGCAUCCUAGCAUUUGUUGUUAUCCUUCCCAACAGUUUUAUGGUGGAGCACUGAGGGACUCGACUCGAACAAGUAGCAUGCAGUCCAUUUUUAGACAAGAAGUAUGUAGAGAGGGCAUCAACAUACGAGGAUGUAAGUUCAGGCUAGGCCACUACUACUUCAUGGACGUCGGUUGGGGAAUUGAACGAGAAGAGAUCGUGGGUCACUCACGAGCUAAUUUUGAAGAAGCUCUUGUAGUUUGCAAUGUUGUCGAAGGUGUUGUGAAAGGUCUAUUAUCUGGGCUUAAACCCAAUUUGGGAGUGAUUACUCCUUACAUUGCUCAAAGAAGUGAAAUCGAAGGCCAGUUGGAGAGGCGUGGAAUCGAUGGUACAGCUUGUGAAGUUAAUACUGUAGAUGGGUUUCAAGGAAGAGAGAAGGACGUGAUUGUGCUAUCUUGUGUUCGAGCGAUGGCAGAUCGAGGCUUAGGUUUUGUAUCAGACGAAAGACGAAUGAACGUCGCCUUAACAAGAGCGAAGUUUUCACUUAUCAUUGUUGGUCAUGCGGAGACACUGCAAAAAUGGAGUGCUACGUGGGGUUUGCUCAUUGACGAUGCUCGGAAGCGUGGCUGUUACCAAGUUCUCUCAAAUUGCAGUAUUCAAGCUAAAUCCGCAAGGAGCUGGAAACAAAGACCCCAUCCUGGAACGGACGUGCAUGGUAUGGUGGAAGAGGACACACAGAAGCCAAGCAGUUCAAGCAGGAACUCUAAAAGAGAAGUUGAAAAUAAUGCGGGAGCGAAACCUAGUGGGGGAGAUUUAGAGGCCACAAACAAAACGGUAGAAAAAUCUUUUACUGUCAAGAGGGAGGUGAAUUUGACUGAAGACAAUCCUGGUGUAGCUGUGCACUCAAAAAAAAAGUCUAAGAAGAGGAAUGUAAAUGAAAGUUCGUCAAUUUUGAAGAAACAGAAAGUGGUGUCGGAUGUGGCCGAACCUUCUGUUAUGAAGAGACCACAUAAGUUAGAAGAACUCGAGCAGGAAUCUCCAGCUAUCCAGAAGAAGAAAAAGACGAAACCUGUUGUCUUCUGUCUUCCUUCUUUGUACUCUGUUUCCCAAAGUGAUUUGACGCCGUCAGCUAGAUCGUUAGAGGUACCUAUUAGGAAAAUAAAGGAGGAGAUUAUUGAUAGUUUGCCUAAGUUUUCAUCUGAAAGGAAGGUCGGGGCAGUGAGCGCCAGUGAGGUGCCGGGGCUGAUUUCUGUUAAGAAAGAGGAGGAAGUUGAGAAUGAAGCAAUAUUUUCGGCCCCAAAUGCCUUUGAGUGUCGAAACCCACUGAUGUGCGAUGAGACGCCUGCAAAUCCCAUUCCUCGAGGCAUUGGUAACCGGAGUGACAACGGAACACAGAGGCGGACUAGUGGGUGUUUACCGUCUUUGUCAGAACAACACUUACCACACAGCAGGCAACCCUCUUCAAGAAGUGUUUGUUCGAGCUACCCUGCUAGUUCGACCCAAGGCUUUGCAACAUUCGAUGAGUAUGAUAUGGCAGGUAGGAAACCGCAUUGGGGAAACUCGUAUGAAGAGACCCAAAGCCCGUGUAAACGUUUUCGUGCUCAUGAAUUGAACAUGGGCACUCACGAUUCGACCUCUGUUCUGACUAGAGCAAACAAUUCCUUGGGGGUGCAAUGCAGUAAUCGGGAUACCUUUCAGCUAGAGUCGAGGAUUCUUUCUCAGCAUCCUAACUCAGCCCACACACCAUUACAUGGAAAUCAGCCCUUGGAUCACCUGCAUAAUCAACCGCUAUGGACCCCACGACAGAUGCUUCCAACACCACCUCGAAACAAGCGAAGGGGAAAAAGUUCCCAGUCUGCUGCUAAUGCUUCACGUCGGUCAUCACAUAAAGGUCAUAGAAAGUUCAACGGCAGGCGUAGUCAUCCUGAUCGUUAGAUUUCUAGUACACUGGUGUAAGAUUCGUGGGACUAAGUUUGCUCACCAUUACAGAUAGUCGGGAAAUUGGAACCAAAUGCGUAUUACCAUUGUUGCAAUUCUUUUCAGUGUUUCAGAACAUAGGUUAUUUUUCAUACUCCUGGCGACGUCUAAGCACUUUUUUGCAACUGUUCAAGUUAAUUUGGAGCAUUUCAAUACGUGGGGUGGGGGACCAAUCUUCUCAGCAUUCUCCGUUGAAUUUCUUA